GACGCGCAACCCAAAGCAAACGCACCGGCUCGAGCCAAUCCACCACCCAGCCAUGCCUCCCAAGCGCAAGUCCCCGGCGACGAUUGCCCCUGCCGCGGGGUCCCCGAGGAAGACGCGGAGCAUGGUUGCUGCUGCUGCUGCAGGGAAGCGGGCAACGGAGCCUGCUCCGGCGAAGGCAGUGCCGGCCAAGAAGGAAGACGAGGCGGCGGUUGCCGAGUUGAAAGGGAGGAAGAGGGGCAAGAAGGAAGCCGAGGCGGUGACGGUGGCCACCGAGCCGAAAGGGAGGAAGAGGGACAAGAAGGAAGCCGAGGCGGUGACGGUGGCCACCGAGCCGAAAGGGAGGAAGAGGGGCAAGAAGGAAGCCGAGGCGGUGGCACCAGCGGCAGAGGAGGAGGAUGGGGUUGAUGUGGCGGCUGGAGCGAAGCGUGUCAUCGUCGAGGCCUGCACUCAGUGCAGACAGUUUAAGAUCCGAGCUCAGAAGGUGAAGGAGGACCUGGAAAGUUAUGUUUCGGGGGUGUCUGUGAUAAUCAACCCUCAGAAGCCACGCCGUGGUUGCCUUGAGAUACGUGAAGAAGGCGGUGAAGUGUUCAUAUCACUGCUGAACAUGCCACGCCCCUUCACACCAAUGAAGAAGCUCGACAUGGACAAGGUUAUCAAGGACAUCGCCAAGAAGAUCUCCUAAACCAUGUUGGCUGGCUAUGGCUCGGCGGCACCAUUUUGUGAUUGAAAUAUUCAAUCUAAGAUCGUAAUCUUCAAAGGGUACGGUGUACCUUAGGUGUAGGUUCCAAUCAGUGGCGUUUCCUAUUGCAUUGGCCAUGUGCCCAUGUCUCGUACUCGUACCUAUGCUUGUCCUGCAUUGCUGGGGCAUAUCGUUUUCUGUUAUAUGAUAUAUGCCCUGAAAAUUCCUUGACUUCUGAUC